UAUAAAUUAUUUGGUCAAGAAAAGAAAGGCCCAACCCAUUAACGUAUCUCACUUAGGAUGAGAUUUUGUUGUAGGUGAUUCUAUCUCACUUCUCACCGCACCAAAACAUUUUUGAUUAUUCCCAACAAAAAAUCUCUCCGCUUCUCAAAUUCUGGUAAAUUUUCGUCGGCGCACUUUCAACAAUUAAUGUUAUAAUUUUGUGGAAAUGAUAAUCCUUCACCAUCCCAUUCUUCCUUCUUGCACCAAAUCCUCCACUCCCGGCGGCCAUUUCCGGCGAAAGUCUGAGCUUUUUCGGAGUCACAAAAAGCUUUCUAUAUCUAAUGGAACCGGUUUCCAAUAUUUACGGAUGAGUAGCGCUCAGGAGCAUUUUCUGCCACCCUUGGCCGUCGGCUCGAAUGUGAGUGAAGAUACUGACGAUAUGUAUGACGACUUAUUCGAGAAGUAUGGAAAGGUGGUCUUCAAAAGAAACGACCAAAAGGCUGUUAGAGAGGAGGUUGAUGAUGAUGCUGAAAGCUUGACGUUUGCCGUAGCACUGGCCAAGGUUGCUAGUGAUGUAAAGGCAGCAGAUAUAAAGCUUCUUUUUGUGAAACCUCUGGUUUAUUGGACUCGGUUUUUCAUCAUUGCCACUGCAUUUUCUCGACCUCAGGUUGAUGCAAUUGGGUCUAGAAUCAGACAUUUAGCUGAAUCAAAAUAUGGAAGAACCGCAACUGGGGAUUUCAAACCCAACUCUUGGACAUUGUUGGACUUCGGUGAUGUAGUUGUACAUAUUUUUCUUCCUCCACAAAGGGAUCAUUACAACUUGGAAGAGUUCUAUGCCAAUGCAACACCUAUUGAGUUACCUUUCGAGGACCAGCAACCUUUCCGCAAUUGAAAUGCCAACGAUAUUGGGUUCCAAUAUCGAGAGGUUGUGGCAUGCAUACGUUUUCCUAUCAUCUGAAAUGUCACGUCGUUUUGUUGUAAUUGAUCGAAACAAAAUGAAAUUAGGUUAUCCAUGCAAUGUGCAUUGUGCUUCACCAAUCAAUUGAAAUGAAGUCUGCAUUUGUAUA